CGAUCAGGUGCGCCGGUUGAUCGCGAAUGCCCCUCCUAUGAUCGACUGUUUGUCGGUCACUUGGGUGGAGCUGUGGGUGGGACCACGGCCCUUCUCAUCAGUCUUCCUGUCCGUCCUUCGGAGGAAUCCUCGAUGCCGUCCCUUGAAUCUGGUCGCCGGCCUCUCUUUGAUACCAACACUUGCGCCUCCGGUCUGCCUCCAAUUGCAGUUGUUAUUCUGGCCAAUCUGGAACAUGCCUCUGGCAUUGGCACUCUGGCCAUCCAGUUGGUUGAACUUCUGACGGCUGAGCUUGUGGACUACAGCUCCAAGAAUUCAGAACUUUUCCAACUUUAG